AUGACGCGGAUGGACGAGAAGCUCGGCAUGGCGCUGGCGCGCCGCCGCCACGUGGGGACGCUGCGCACGCUGCAGGUGCCGGACGAGAGCGCUACCGCCGCUGUGGACUUCUACUCCAACGACUACCUGGGCUUCGCGCGCUCGCAGCCGCUGCGGCAGCUCGUCAAGACACGGCACACAGAGCUACAGAGGCAGCACGCGCCCAUGCUGGGCGCCACGGGCUCGCGCCUCAUCUCAGGCAACUCGCGGCUGUUCAUGGAGGUGGAGAAGAACCUCGCCGCGUUCUACAACAGUGACGCGGCGCUGCUGUUCAACUCGGGCUACGCUGCCAACAUGGGCGUCAUGUCCUGCGUUCCGCAAGCAGAGGACGUGAUCCUGUACGAUGAGCUGGUGCACAACUCGUGCCAUGAAGGCAUUCGACUGAGCCGCGCGUAUGCUAAGGGUCGUGCUCUGUCGUUCCGCCACAACGACCUCGAAGACCUCGAGCACAAGCUCCGAAAGUAUCUGUCGCCUUCAUCUGAACAGGACGCGAGCAAGACUUGUGCGUACGUGGUGGUGGAGUCGCUCUACUCGAUGGACGGCGACUUUGCUCCUCUGGAAGCCAUGGCUGCGCUCUGCGAGCGGGUUGGCGCGUUCCUGAUCGUCGACGAGGCGCACAGCACCGGCGUCUACGGACCUCAAGGCUCCGGCACCGUGCGGGAGCUUGGUCUGGAGAUCAAGUACAAGAACGCGUUUGCAUGCCGCGUGCACACUUUCGGCAAGGCGAUGGGGUGUCACGGUGCUGUCGUGUGCGGCUCUCAGGUGCUGAUCGACUACCUGGUCAACUACGCGCGGUCCUUCAUCUACACCACAGCGUUUCCGUUCGACCAGCUCGUGUCUGUCGCCUGCGUGCACGAGUUCAGCGCUAGUGCCGCAGCCAACGCACUGCGCUGCGAAGUGAUUAAGCUCGUGAAGUAUUUCAAGGAGAAGGUGAACGGCAACUCGAGUAUCCCGCGCGACGCGCUACUGGCCAGCGACUCGCCCAUCCAGGGGGUCGUGUUCGAAGGCAACCACCGCGUGCUGAUGGCGUCCCAGCAGAUGAACGCCAUGGGUAUUCGCGUGAUCCCCAUCCGCUCCCCGACGGUGCCGAAGGGUGCAGAGCGCUUCCGCAUCGUCAUUCACGCGGACAACACGCGACGCGAGGUAGACCUGCUCGUGGCCGCUCUGGCCGCUAUGUUCGAGGUUCGCCGCGACUCCAAACUAUAG